AUACAGUCAUUUCACCUAUUUCAUGCCAGACACUUUCCUCCUCUCUACAGGUCCACUCCGCCGCCGCCGGUUCACCCUUUCUUUCUCCCCAAUUAACACCAGCACCGCACAGCACCCAUAUACAUAUAAAGAAAAAGAAGACGCGAUAGAAUAGGUCACUCACUCAGUCUCCCCAAAGAAACUAAUUAAUAAUUGAAAUCCAUGAAUGCAUGGAAAAGCAUAGCCAAAGAAGCAUUCACCCAAACUUGUCUAGUCGCCAAGUUCCUUGGCUUCCUUCACCUCACCAACAACUACCUCAUCUCUCCCACUCUCGUUUACGGCCCUAGCAUGCUCCCAACGCUAAAUCUAACGGGCGACGUCUUAUUAGUGGAGCACGUGUCUCACCGCUUCCAAAAGGUGGGUCCAGGAGAUGUGGUACUGGUUCGGUCACCUUUAGAUCCUACAAAGAUGGUCACUAAACGCAUUGUUGGCAUGGAGGGUGAUCAAAUCAAUUUCUUGCCCGAUCCCUCCAUUACUGACAUCUGUCGCACCAUCAUGGUACCAAAGGGGCACAUUUGGAUUCAGGGCGAUAACAUGUAUGCUUCCUGUGAUUCACGGCAUUAUGGGCCUGUUCCAUAUGGUCUUGUUCAAGGCAAGCUCUUUUUCAGGGUAUGGCCACCUUCUAGCUUUGGAUCUUUCGGUCAGUGACCAAAAUGAAGAAUAUAAGUUGGAGCUGGUUCUGCACAACAAGGUCAUGCUCUGAAUUUCUAAAGGACAUCGAUCAUGACUAGUGAAGUAAUCAGCAUCUCUCUUUCUUUGCCAUGUCAUCUCAAAUUGGAGCAUUUUGUGCUCUUGUAACGAAGCAUUUAAAUAACAUAUGUCCUCUUGAGCUUCUUCAAUCAUGUCACCAAGUUUGUGAGAUGCUAAUUUACAUGUCACGAAUGGAAUGUGGACUACCUGGAAUAUAGAAGACUGGAAACCAUAGUUGCUGAUUAUGUCCAUGUGUGGCAGCAUUGCAGUGAGUAUUCAUUGCUAGCAACCCCACGAAUCAUGCAAUAUGUUGGAAUGCAUUUUCCUUGGCACACAUGGUUCUGAGGUUCAGGAGGGGUGUUGGUAGUGAUCCCAGAGUUUGUGCUAUUCUUUCAGAAAAAGAAUCUCAUGGUUGCAGGUUUAAAUGGCUUCAAUGCCAUUUUGUAAUCAAAACUACGAAUUCUUAAAG